CUCUGUAUCCCAAGAAUAUGCUGCUGAGUAGUAGAGCUCUUGACGGUUUUGCAUUUAUUCUUUUAUGGUUGAUGCUUCGUUCUAGCUCCUGCCAUGGUGAUCAGAAUGAUAUUAAUUGCUUGAAGAGUAUAAAGGAGGAUUCACUAGAAGACCCGUUUGGUUAUUUGAACUCAUGGAAUUUCAACAAUUAUGCUGAAGGCUUUAUCUGUCAGUUUACCGGGGUAGAGUGCUGGCACCCUGAUGAGAGUAAAGUUCAAAAUAUUCGGCUUUCGGACAUGGGACUCAAGGGUCCGUUUCCUAGAGGAAUUGAAAAUUGCAAGAGCUUAACAGGCUUAGAUCUUUCAAAUAACAAGCUUUAUGGUCCUAUUCCCACUGAUAUCUCCAAACUCAUUGGGUUUGUGACAACUCUUGAUCUCUCAUCCAACAAUUUCUCAGGGCCUAUACCCCAACAGCUCUCUAAUUGUACUUAUUUGAAUGUUCUCAAACUUGAUCAUAAUCGGCUCACCGGUCAGAUUCCUUUAGAACUUGGCCAGCUCUCUCGGCUUAAAGAAUUUAGUGCUACCAACAAUCUUCUCACUGGGCCAGUGCCCAUUUUUCAAAGCAAAUUAAUUACAGCACAGAGCUAUGCAAACAAUCCGGGACUCUGUGGGGUUGUUUUGGAACCUUGUGAAGCAAGUCCAAAGAAGUCUCGGACUGUAAUUAUCGUGGCAUCAGCUGUUGGUGGUGUGACUUUUGCAGCACUGGUUGUUUUAUUGGUCUUGCAAGACUCAUGAAUCCGAUUGAUUGAUCAACAUUUUAGUACUUUGGUGAAUGGGGAUUUUGGAGG